AGAAUCCAAAUUCGAAUUAAUAAUAAGAUCCCAAAAAUAUAAUUUCAUUUUAUUUAUAAUUGAGAAAGGAACAAGUCUUAAUGAUAAUGGACAAUUUUCUAUGAUAAAAAAAGAAAAAUGCUACAUUUGACAAUUUGCUAUGAGAAGAAAAACACCUGUCAUGCACCACCAAUGUCACAUUCAUAUGCAUGAAACCGUACCAUAUUACAUUUGACUCUAUUUUUUAGAUUUAUGUCUAUAAAUAAUAUUUCAUUCUUCGUCUCCCAUAUCAUCUCUCUAUAUAAUAUCCUCACCUCACAUUAACACUCAUCCAAAAAUAGCUAUACAUAACAAUACAAAACUCAAGAACAAUAUCUUCAUCACUUGAUCAAUACAUCGUUGUCCAACCAGUCUAAGUAACCUACGGGCUACGGCAACAACAUUACACCAUGGUGAAACAAGAACCUAAGAUCCAAACCAGCUCCAAGAAGGACAUGUCUUUGACUUCACCAUCUCAUUCUUCAUCUUCGUCUUCGUGUAAGAGCAAGAGCAAGAAGAAUAAGAUUAAGAAGUACAAAGGAGUGAGGAUGAGAAGUUGGGGAUCAUGGGUGUCUGAGAUUAGGGCACCAAACCAAAAGACAAGGAUUUGGCUAGGCUCUUACUCAACAGCUGAGGCAGCAGCUAGGGCUUACGAUGUUGCACUCUUGUGUCUCAAAGGCCCUCAAGCCAAUCUCAACUUCCCCACUUCUUAUUCUUCUUCUCGUUUUCUAUUAGACGAAAGUACCAUUUUGUCCCCGAAAUCUAUCAAAAGAAUUGCCGCUCAAGCUGCCAACAACUCAUUUGACUUUUUUUCCCCUUGUAUUUCGUCAGCCGUCUCGUCACCCCCCGAUCAUGAUCAGCAUCAUGAUGAUGAUGUGAUGCAGUCUUUGAUAGGGCCUUUCGUGAACUGUCGUGUGUCUUUGAUGGAUACAUCAUCAUCAUGGUAUGAAAUGCUAUUCUUCGAUGAUGGACCUCCGUUUGAUUACUACCCUGAACUGAAUUCGACUAUGAAUAUGGUCGAUGAGUACUUCUACGAAGAUGCUGAUAUUCCGCUUUGGAGUUUCAGUUGAUCCGACGGUUCAGACUAUAUAUAUUUUUAUCAUUCUAAAUUUUUUUAUAAUAUAUUACUUAGUUUACCCUUGUGUAGUAUACUUUUUCAAAUUCUUGGAGAGAAUUGACGAUGGAUAUGAUAACUGACUGUAAUAUAAUUGAAGCUUUAUUUUAUAUCAAUAUUGGGACCUAUCAAAAUUUUAAUUUGCGGUGAUUUAAUAGGUGCCUAGGAAAAUCACUUGAACAAGAUGCAAUUUCUGUCACUUUUUGACAUUUCUCAUGUGAAUUUUCCUUUUAUGGUAAUAACAAUAAAGAAUAUAGUGUGUUGUAUUGUAUAUGAAUUUUUCCGUAUGUUUAUGAAAUAAAUCAGAUUUUGUUUCAUUUUUCAA